AGCACCCACAUCUGACCACUGCCACCGAAUCCUCCUCACUCUCGGUUUACAACCCGAAGGUCGUCUGACUAACACGAUAAGACCCAGAGCUCGAUCCCCCUCUGCGGUGGAACAACUUUUACGCAUGACGACCAAGUUGCCAUUCCAUCUCUGACAGCUGGAUGCAGAGUCCCUGAACGCAUCACCCACAGUCAUUACAGAGCUAUUUUUCAUCUUAAUUAAGCUGUCUGUGGUUUUUGUUUUGUGGAAGCCAUGUUUUCCAAGGCCACUGCCAACUUUGUCCGCCAAAUUGACCCAGACGGAAGCCUCAUCCAUGUGUCUCGAGUGAAUGACUCAGGCAAACUGGUUCCGAUGGCGCUAGUUAUCAAGCGCAACCGCAUCUGGUUCUGGCAAAGGCCCAAGUACCAGCCGACGAAUUUCACCCUCAGUGACUUGCUGCUCGACGACAGGGAGCUCAGCCCUGGGGUGCGUGAGACAGAGUUUGUGACCUACGACGGGAAGUUUGGAGACAAACUCUUCGGGAAUCUGGACACCAAGUUCGGCUCCCUCGGCGUGGAACUAGAGGGGCGUGGCACCUCCGAGCUCCAAUCAAGUUUUGGAAAGCUGAAGAAACAGGAACUGGAUGUGAAGAAGCUGUUAUGUGACUCCAGUAACAGGCUGGUCGACAUGGGGCAUGUGCUAGUGAAGCAGCUGAAGAAGAAGUCCGAGGUGCUCGCGAUAGUGAAGGAGCGGAUCCUCACCUCCGACUCCUGCGCUGUCACCCAGUCGAAAAAGGAGAAGUUCAUUUUCAAGGCCGUGCUCGGUCUGGUGGGCAUGUUGGGGAGCUCUGUUAAGGUGGGUGUGGAUGGGGUUGAGUUCAAACCUCUGCCAGGGAGGUUAUUUAUAUGCCUGCAACCUGGCACAAUCGGAGGCUUUGAGGCAGACUCGCCCGUUUUGUCCUCCCCAUCCAAUCAUCCCUUCAUAGAUAUGGUGGAUGGCUGUACCUCUCCUGUCUCCGUCUUGAGUGCAUGGAAAAACGGAUCACAGAUGGACCUGUCUCCGCUGGCGGAGCUCCCUGAGUUAACUCGACAUGCCUUAUUCAAGACGCUCCAAGAGACAAUGACGGACAGAGCUGCUCUGUCAUUUCUGCAGUGUGUGCUGGAGGAGUUGUGCAGUGGUGAAACGCUCGAUACGGCUGAGCACGAGGAGCAAGACAACCACUCAGAGAGCGGUCAUUCGGCUGAUGCUGCACACCUGAACGCAGCUCACCUGUUUGUCAGUGCUAUGGAAGAGUUGCCGGAUGAAACACUGAGACUCUUGAGUGAGAGCCGGGCUGAUUUUCUCUGGGCCUUUGACAAACUGAUGUGCAGUGUGAAGGAGAGCAGUGGACCUCUCCCCAUCCAGUGUCUUCCCGUCCUGCUGCAGGACAACCAAGCUUUCCAACUGGCCAAGCAGCUGCUCAGCUCCACCAACUUGACGCUGAUGAGAAACAUCGACAGCCUGUGGACAGAGGGGGGAGACAACGCCGGAGUCCUCCCUCUGCUCCUCUGCCUCAGCGCUAAUGGAUUGUCCCUUCUGUGCAAUGGGCUGAAGUAGUGCUGUGUUUUUCUUUUUCUUGGACUAUAUUCCGUCCAUUUCUUUCUUUCUUUGUAAAGUUUAUAAAGUGUAAGCUUACUAUAGUAUAUUGCGUGACAUCUUUAUAUCAUUGCGAGUAAUGUUUAUAUCGAUAUGUCUUAAUAUUUUUUCAAGUAAUAUACAGGAAAUAUAUAUUUAUUACGUAAAGCAAGCGGUGACAUUUUUAUACACAUAAUAUAUAUACAUGUUUUAUAAUAGAUCAGGAGCAUGAGAUAAUAUAGACAUUUUUCUACAAAUUUGUAUUAUUCUGUUUGAAUCCAGUUGAAUGAGGCUGCAUAUUAUCACUGCAACUGCUUAUAGUCAUCAUUAAUCAUUUUUACUGAGCUAAUUGUAUUAAACAGAAAUGUAGCAUAAUUAUAUUCCUUUAAAUACCGUCAUUGAAUGUUAAGAAACUGUAAGCUAUAUUGCUAAAAGGAAGAACUCCUGUUUUUAAAUCCAUAUUAUUUAUUUGCACACUGACAAUGACAAUCUGCAGAAGACUUUCUUCUGUCAUUUAAAAUUGUUGUUUAUUUUUGUGUGGGGAAGCUGUACUUUAACCCAUAUCAAUACAUUGUAAUAUUAGCCAUUAAAAAAAAAUU